UUCCACAGUAGCACAGACUAGUACAGACAGAGAAGAAUCAUUCCCAGACCUUAGCGCAACAGCUGACACAGCCAAGAUGUAUCUCAGAUGCAUUUCAUACUGUUGAAUGCCAUCAGUGCUGAACCUUGUCCAUCCUUGGCUCUGAUGACCCUUGGCACUAUGGGACUGAGUAACACUCUCCUUGUGAUGGCCCUCCUGCUCUAUGGCGCUGCUACUGUGAAGAGUCAAGCAUAUUUCAACAAGACUGGAGAACUGCCAUGCCUCUUUAUAAACUCUGAAAACAUAAGCGUGGAUGAGUUGGUAGUAUUUUGGCAGGACCAGGAUAAGCUGGUUCUGUAUGAGCUAUUCAGAGGGAAAGAGAACCCUCAAAAUGUUCAUCCCAAGUAUAAAGGCCGCACAACGUUUGACAAGGACAAUUGGACGCUGAAACUCCACAACAUUCAGAUCAAGGACAAGGGCUCAUAUCAAUGUUUCAUUCAUCGUAAAGGGCCCAAAGGACUGGUUCCCUUGUAUCACAUGAGUUCUGACCUAUCAGUGCUUGCUAACUUCAGUCAACCUGAAAUAAUGGUAACUUCUAAUAGAACCGAAAAUUCUGGCAUCAUAAAUUUGACCUGCUCAUCUGUAGAAGGUUACCCAGCACCUAAGGAAAUGUAUUUUAAGUUAAAAACCGAGAAUUCGACUACUAAGUAUGAUACUGCCAUGAAAAAAUCUCAAAACAAUGUCACAGAACUCUACAACGUUUCUAUCAGCUUGUCUUUUUCAGUCCCUGGAGCAAGCAAUGUGAGCAUCACCUGUGUCCUGAAACUUGAGACGAUGGAGCUUCACUCCCUACCUUAUAAUAUAGAUGCACAUACGAAACCCCCCCCUGCCCGAGACCCCAUCCUCUGGAUUGCCGCUCUACUUGUAAUGUUGGUCAUUUUGUGUGGGAUGGUGUUGGUGUUCUUUCUAACACUAAGGAAAAGGAAGAAGAAGCAGCCUGGCCCCUCUCACGAAUGUGAAACCAACAAAGUGGGGAGAAAAGAGAGUGAACAGACCAAGGAAAGAGUACAAUACCAUGUACCUGAAAGAUCUGAUGAGGCCCAGUGUGUUAACAUUUCGAAGACAACCUCAGGCGACCAAAGUACUACACAUUUUUAAUUAAAGUCCGACCAUCCGUUGUUUAUAUGCGUUCACUUUCAAAUUUUGGCUUGCCUUUUUUCUUGUCCAUUACUAUUAUUAUUACCAUUAAAAAUAGCUGGGGCUCCAGGACUUUCUCUAAGGGAGAGAGCCUCCCUAUAAUGCCAGUUCUGCUCCCUAAGCCAGGGGCAGAUUUUAACUGCUUCUUUUCAUUUCAGAGCACACUUGUGGCCCAACCUCAUCUGACUGGCUCCUGGCUCAGGACAAAUGUUUAAGACUAACAUCUCUUGUUUCAGAUUCAGCCUUCUUUUCUUAAUUUUAUAAAUUGUGUUUUAUGUAGAACUCUCAAUUACUAGAAUAAUGGCUUUUAUCUGUGCUUAAUUCUAAAACAGCACUUCAUUCCAUCUUGUAUAUUUGUGAGUGACUACCUCUUCAGUCUGGGUGGGAGUUAUGUAUGUUAUGGUGUUACAGUGUUGCUAGUAAUAUUUUGAAACAUAAAGAGAUGUGUACCUUAAUCAUGUGUACUUUAAUUACUGUGCCUUGAGAAAAGUCUACCCAGUGCUCUGUGAGGAUCAGUAGGAAAACGGUGUUUUAGUGGGAUGAUAACACUGAGCAGACCAAUUCAAAAUUUGGAAAAUUAGGAACGAUGGAGAUAGAACCCACUCUGAAUCCUGGAGCCACUUCUAUCUGGGCUGCUGCUAAUCUGAGGAGGAUCCAGCUGCCCAGCAAGCUACUGGUAAGUCUUAGCAGAGAGCUAAAGCAGGAAAGCAACAUGCACUGUGAACCCUACUUCUCCUCUUGAAAGAAAUGACUGAGAUGAUGGCCCAGGGCAAGUGUUCAAGAGCCAAUUGAUAGAUCACAAUACUCAAAAGAGAGAAAGGAAAAAAAAAAAAAAAAAAAAAAAAGGAAAGGAAAGCUCUUAACCAACAGAGAUGCACAUGAGUGUCCUAUCUGUCUAGCUCCAGAAAGCAACAAGUGAACAGACUGUCCAAAAGGACUUAAGACAGACAGCACCAUCCCUGGUGUUUGGUGAGAAGUUUGGAUAAUAUUCCAUUAUUGUGAUGUUCCAUUUGGCUAGAGGUGGAGCCAGGGAGGAGGAGCUAUCAUCUUGAUAUGGGAUAAAUGGAAGGAGGUUUAGGACUCUUCCAACUCAUGGCUGAGAGAGAAGGAGCUAGAGUGGAAUUAGGAGGACCAAAAUGCAAAUCAUCCAGAGGCCAACAUAGUUGGCAGGUGUCCUAGGAAGGGAUCAACUGGCCCAGAGUAGGGCUCACAAAUUUGUGUCUGAGGACUGUCUAUGUCAUUCUCAACGAUGGGAAAACUGGGUGGACAAGAGGACUAUGCUAGCCCAGUAGAAAUGAAUUGGGUAAGCCUGGCUCUAGGGCAGCAUCACUAACAGAUGGAGCAGUCUCAGUCCAAACCCAGAAAGAACUUUGGGAGGCCCAACCCACAGAAAUAUUUCUUCUUAUUCUACAUAAAGGAACCUAGAAGAUUGUAGACAGCUGUGCUAGCCAUGCUUGCCUUUUAAUAUUACCAUUUGUGUGUUGUGCCUUGCCUCUGCUUUCAUUAGGCUCUAAGCAUCUUGUUGGUUCCUAACAUGUUUUAUACAGUGAGCUCUAAAUAAAUUUUUCUUAAAUUGA